GGCAGCGGGAGGACAUGUCAGUCUAACAAAAAAAUAGUGAAAGGGCUGGGGGAGUUGAAAGCAGCACUAUUUUUAAAAACAGAAAUAAACCGAGAGAAAGAAUGCUUUUUUAGCCUCAAUGAUGAGCCAAGUCUCUGUUCUGUAAAUGAUGGACCUUUAUGUCCCUCACCUGUGAUGGAAGCGAUGCAUGGGAUUCUGCUAUGAGAUCUACAAAAGGAGUAGGAUGUCACAAAAUGACACCUCUAUUUCUUUGUGAUUUCCUGUUGUUGCAUAAUAGAGGGAACUGUUCUCUUCUCUUUAUUCUUAGGCAGGCAAUGGAACCAGACGAGAAAUACCUUUUCACAUACAAAGGAUUUUAUUUCCAGCCUUAUUUGACUUCAGCGGAGCACUUAGAUACCCUGGAGGAUUUUGAAAUAAGAGACAGUGAUGUAUUAUUAGUCACUUAUCCAAAGUCAGGCACAGUAUGGACUGUAAAUAUUUUGAGCUUGAUUUACCAUGAAGGUCAUCGAAAUGGAAUGGAGCACGUGAACUUAGUAGACAGGGUUGUGUCUCUGGAGUACAAUAUCCGCAAUGUGGAUUACGUCAGUUGUCCAUCACCUCGCCUCCUUGCUUCCCAUCUACCCUACUAUUUAGUACCCAAGGGAUUAAGGAACAAAAGAGCAAAAGUUAUUUAUGUGGUCCGAAACCCAAAGGACGUCUUGGUUUCCUAUUACCAUUUCUCCAAAGCUGCAGUCACGUUAGAAGAAGUAGAAGAUUUUGGAAUUUUCAUGGAGAGGUUUUUGGCUGGAAAGGUACUUGCAAGUUUAUGGCUGGACCAUGUGGAAGGCUGGUUCUCUCACAGGGAUGACUUCAAUAUUCUGCUUCUUACCUAUGAAGAAAUGAAGAAGGAUCUAAGAAGCUGUGUAUUGAAAUUAUGCAACUUCCUGGGAAAGAGACUGACAGAAAAGGAGGUGGAUGCUGUUGUGGAACAGGCUACAUUUAAUAAAAUGAAAGCAGAUCCCAGGGCAAACUUUGAGUUCAUGCCACCGGAUAUCAUGGACCACAGCAAAGGACAUUUUCUUCGCAAAGGCACUAUUGGAGACUGGAAGAACACGAUGACAGUCGCACAAAAUGAAAGGUUUGACAGUGUUUUUAAGGAGAGAAUGGAAAAGUUGCCCAUCAAGUUCUGCUGGGACAUCAACGAUGAAUUAUGAGUCUGCCUUCAGCUUGGAAGGAGGAAAUAAAGUGGACUGUAUGCAUUUAAUCCAGACCUAUUUGUAAGAUUCAGCAAAAAAAACAACUCUCAUGUGCCUUAAUGGCAUCCUAAUGUUUGAAUAUGUGCAAUAAUAUUUUUUUAAACACCACAAUACAAUUACAUUUGUACUGUCCACUUCUUCUGUUUCUACAUUCCAGCAUGCCCUAAUUUCUGACUCCAUGUGCAAAAGUUAAGGAAUCCCAAACAAACUAUUGGGAUUUGUAAUUGUAUUUUAAUUUGGCACUGUUAUAACUGAAGCUACCAUUGGAUUAUUGUGAUUGAAAAUUAAUAAAAAAUUAUUGUCAAAAACCCCCAAACUGACUAACUACUGGUGACCCAGAUGGCAAUGUAAAUCAUCUGACUCAUUCACUUCAUCUCUUUAUUGUGGGUGGAAUUCAACACUCUUCCAAUUGUUCCAUCAUGGCAAAGAUUUCAAUCUGCCAGAUGGCACAAUCCCCCCUCACCUUCCUUACCCUCUGCACCAUUUUGGGGUUCUCCUGACCCCAAAAGAGUCAAUUUUGGGGGUGGGGAAUAUGCAGAGAGGAAAAGUGGGAAAACUGGACAGUGUAUGCUUGAUGCCCAUAGCAAUCUCCUUCAAGGGUCAGAUUGUAAAGGGGGAAUUUCCAGUGGGAUCAUGGAGCAGAGAGAAAGGGUUAAAACAAAUUUGGGGGGAUGGAGGAGUUGAAAUGACAACCCCAAGAAGCGUCUGAACCCAGGGAGAAGACCAGUAGUCUAGAGCAGGCACGUGCAACAGGUAGAUCGUGAUCUACCGGUAGAUCACUGGGUGUCUGUGGUAGAUCACUGGUAGAUCACUGGCUCCCCCCAAAGCAGCUCAACAACUUUGCCUCCCUUUUAAAAAAAGCUCAACAUUUUUGCCCUGCACCCCCCAAAAUGUGGCUUUCCUCCUCCCUAAAAGAAGCUCAAUAACUUUGACCUGAACCCCCAGAAAGGGGGUAGAUCACUGCCAGUUUUUAACUGUGUGAGUAGAUCGCAGACUCUUGGGAGCUGGCCACCCCUGGUCUAGUAGUGCUUUUCUAUGGCACCUGGUGGUGUAGAUUUGUUCUAAGGUGGAGAGUGAGCAGCCAAUAAUGCUCUCUGCUGCUUUAAUAAUUCUGCACAGCCCUGCUCUAUCCUGAGAAGUACAGCUUCCGUACCACACACAUAAACCAUACGUGAGCACGCUCUGUAUGGCACAGUGAUAGAAGGCAAGCGACAGCUUUUGUGGAAGAUGGGUUUUCCUUAAAAAUAGGUGUAUAGACAAGCUUUCAGUUAACAAAAACAGUUACUGGUAUCACAGAUGAAAUGCAAAAUAAAACCCAGCGUCAGCCAGAACAAUAAAAGCCAGCAGAAGGAUCAUAUCAGUAGAGUCAUCUUAAAUGACUUGCUGGAGGGUUGGAGGAAAUAAAAAGUUAUUUGCUUGAUACCACAAAUAUACGAUGGUGCUACUCAAGCCUCCAUAAGGUGCUGCUGGAAUUGAAAAGUCCUCCCUGGCCACCUCCAGUGUAACUUCAAGGUGGUAGGAGACUUGAAGAAGGGCCUCUGAUAGUGAUUGUAGCACGUGGACAGGGUCCUGUAGAAGGUGGCAGUUCUUGGGUUAACCCAGAUCUCAAGCCCUUUAGAACUUUAAAGGUAAGCACAAUAUCAGAAAUUG